AUGUGGCCUUUCUGGCCCAGGUGUGACGAUCCCAUCCGCUGCCAGCUAAGCACGCUUCACAGUGCACUUAAAUGCGGCCAAACGCACGUGACGGACAGGAGGUGUGACAGGGCAGAGCGCAUCUGCCUCCGUCUCAGAGCUGAUCCUCUUCCUGAGCUGAGCCCUGCCGUCCGCACCUUCUGUGACAGCACGCUGCUGCAGCCUCAAGCAGACAGGGGCGCCCCUUCUCAGGGCUCGGAGCGGGGGAGUGCCUGUCCGUCCCGGUCUCGCUCCUUGGGGCACGGAAGGAAGAGGGGAGCCGCGAGGGUGGCCUGGCGCGUGGCAGAGCUGAGCGCUGCGCUCCCGCAGCCCCGGGCCGGCGGAGUCCUGCACGCUGAGUGGAGGAACUCUCGCCAGACGCUGUCUAAACGCGCUGGGCCAGCCGUCCCCAAGUCCUCGUCACAGAUGUAUCCCCGUGUGGGGCUGGCCCUGCGCGCCUGUUUGCGCUUCCUGCCCAGCCCUAAGGGCCUUGAGCUCCAGCAGCCGCGCCUGCUCAUCCGAGGACACGGGGGCGUCACUCCGGACGUUCCCCUUCGGUCACAGGGCAGGCCUCCUCCCACCCCGAAGCCGGCCCUCUCCUGCGGUCCCUCCCCAGGGCCGCCCCCCGCCGCCCCCACGGCUGGCUCGCCGCUCCUCACAGAGGCCUUUCUUCCGCCUCCUCCGCAGGUGAGACGCCUUCAGCCCCUGUUUCUGGAGCCCCAGGGACGGCCCCUCGGACGUCCCAGCGCCCCCAGGCCCGCCAGGCAGGCCGGCACCGCAGUGACCAGCGUGUCGGGUGCCUGGAAGAGGAUUUGGGAGGAGAUGGCUUUGUUCGCGAAAGGUCACGAGGACGCUGACCUUCACAGCGCGGAGAAGACACGGUCCGUGUCCCCGGUCCUGUCCACAGCCUCCUGUCUCUCCUGCCAGCAGCUGGCACGGAGCCUCGGAAGUGCAGACCCGCAGCUCCAGACUGCUUCUCAGAGUCACUCCUGA